AUGGGUAUGGGUAAGGUCCACGGUUCAUUGGCACGUGCUGGUAAGGUCAGAUCACAAGCACCAAAAGUUGAAGCCCAAGAGAAGAAGAAGGUUCCAAAGGGCCGCGCUCACAAGCGUAUCCUCUACAACCGUCGCUUCGUCAACGUUACACUCAUGCCAAACGGCAAGCGUCGCAUGAACGCCAACCCAGAGAAGUAA